UGGAGUCGUUCUGAUUAUGCCUGAGCCAGCCAAGUCGGCACCCGCCCCGAAGAAGGGCUCCAAGAAGGCGGUGACCAAGGCGCAGAAGAAGGACGGCAAGAAGCGCAAGCGCAGCCGCAAGGAGAGCUACUCGGUGUACGUGUACAAGGUGCUGAAGCAGGUGCAUCCGGACACGGGCAUCUCGUCCAAGGCCAUGGGCAUCAUGAACUCGUUCGUCAACGACAUCUUCGAGCGCAUCGCGGGCGAGGCGUCGCGCCUGGCGCAUUACAACAAGCGCUCGACCAUCACGUCCCGGGAGAUCCAGACGGCCGUGCGCCUGCUGCUGCCUGGGGAGCUGGCCAAGCACGCCGUGUCCGAGGGCACCAAAGCCGUCACUAAGUACACCAGCUCCAAGUGAGCGCCUGUGCAGCACCCUGUAUGGAACCCAAAGGCUCUUUUCAGAGCCACCCACGUUUUCUGAAUAAGAGUUGUGGCU